AUGGCGGUCGGGAUUCAUCCCGAUUUGCUGGUGCCACCGAGUGCUCCUUAUGCUAUUUACACAGUCGAGGACCUUCUCGCUCAGCAAGGCAGAGAAGGUUUACCAGUCCUAGACCCCGACCAACCGGACGAAACUUUGUGGUUUGGAGUUGAUGGUUCUGUCGCUCGGAACGUAGCCGAGGUAACCAAAGGCUACUUCCCCGACGCUCAUCCGAACUGGAAAUUGACGCCAGACCACGUCAGAAAAAUGUGGUUCAAAAUGUUCGCCCAAAAAUAUCAUUGGUCCAUAGGGGUGAACGAGAGGGUGAAAAAAACGUUUAUUGGAAAGGCGAAAGCUCGAUUGUUGGACACGUUAUCCAACUGGAAGGAUGAUUGGAUCGUGAAGGGUUAUAAGCAGGGAAAACCCGCUGAGCUCACCACGUCUGUGUGGGAUGGCCUCAUCCAUUUUUGGAACAUGCCAUCGUCCAUUAAAGUCUCCAACAGUUGCUCCACCUCCCGUCAGAAAGAUGAGCAAGGCAACGGGCCGAUGCUUCAUACUACGGGUCAAAAAUCCCACGGCGGUUUCCGUAUGGAUAUGGCCAAAGAGACGGCUCGUCGGCAGGGAGUUGAGUGGAUUAGAGCUUGA